AUGUGCAAAAGUUUUUAUACCCAAAUCCAGCCUGCUCUGUUCGAAACACGACUUCUAGACGAACAUGUUCCCUCGCCUCGCGUCAACAGUGGACUCAAUUUACUCGAGGUAUGGUACGUUCGUCGAACGUACGGUGCGGAGAAGCUGUGGUACUCAUACCUAUCAUAUCGCGUUCAAAAUGAGAGGGAUCCAGAUGACAAGCAGCGUAAUAAACUGCUCACAACCACUGCAGGGAAAGGCCGCUUCGUCGAGUUGCGCCAGGUGACUGAGCAAAUCUGUCGAAAGACAAAGUCGGACAUGCCGUCACCCUCGACGCUCUCUGCUGGCUGGCACUAG